GAAUAGGACAACACACUCCUGAAGGCUUUGAGAACACAUGCGCACGUACACACACACAAGUGCAGCAAGACUCUGGACUGUGUGCACUGACACUUUCGCUCCACCUGUCUGCACCGUCAGACUUGCACUGUUGGAUAUAGUAGAGAUUCUCCUGAAUGGACUGCUGAACUCCGCAUACUAUGUUCCUCCGGGGGUCUCUGGAGAAUUCCGGCCUCAGUUGCUCGCAGUAAAUUACAGCGGGCAGUGAAGGGCUCUUGGCGGAGUUUCCCGUGAAGGCAGCGCCGUGACGUCAGCGGCAGUGGUAUCGGAGCCUAAUGGCGAUGAGGACCCGCAGAGCUCAGGCGGCGGAGCUCAGUCGAACCUGGACAGGGUUUGAUUAAACACUCACAGGAACCCAUGCGAGGGACAGGGACAGUUAUACCGACGUAAAAUGGAGGAUAGCUUUGAUUGUGACUGUGGCGAGCUGGAGCCACCGGAUCAUUGAGGGUGUGUAAAGUGACUCUGAAGACUUCCAAGGCCAAGACUCAUUUCAGUUCUAAAGACCAGGAGAUACUACACAGCAAGAUCACACUCAUAAGUAUAGAGAAACUCAUUUAGUCGGAGGGAGAAAUAAAAGGUGCAUUUAAAGGCACAUUUCACAACCAUGCUGCUCAGGACCAGUCGUACACUGAAUGUAUUUGCACUGUGAGGAUGCAACUUCGAGCUUUUAUAGCUUAACAUAGUCUCGGUGCUUUUAAAAAAAAAAUUGCCUCAAAGUCCAUUCCAUUGCAGUUUAUCAACACUAGUCUACAUAAGGAAACUGCUAAUUUAAAGACAUCUACACAUCAUUUUUUAUUAUUUCUCCACAUAUUCAAGAUGGAAGGAAAGUUUCACUACACUUUAGUGCCCCACAUCUGACAGGGAAGGCCAGAUAGGGGGGGGGGACGACUCGGCAGCCAUCUGUACAAGGGUCGGUUAGCUAAGCCACUGAAGCAGCAGGGGAAUUGUCCAAUAAAUUCCUGUGCUGGUGUUAAAGUUGGAACUUGGAAGACAGGCCGGAGACCAAAAGGGUUUUAGAGAAAGCAGACGCUUGGUGUGUGAGAACCAAACACAGACAUCAUGGCAGAGAAGUUUGAGUCGCUGAUGAACAUCCACGGCUUCGACCUGGGCUCCCGCUACAUGGACUUGAAGCCUCUGGGCUACGGGGGGAACGGCCUGGUGUUCUCUGCAGUCGACACGGACUGUGACAAGCGUGUGGCCGUGAAGAAGAUCAUCCUGACCGACCCCCAGAGUGUGAAGCACGCCCUGCGGGAAAUCAAGAUCAUCAGACGCCUGGACCACGACAACAUUGUCAAGGUGUUUGAGACGCUGGGCCCGAACGGCCGCAGGCUCACGGAGGACGUGGUGUCCCUGACAGAGGUGAACUCUGUCUACAUUGUGCAAGAGUACAUGGAGACGGACCUGUGUCAGCUGCUGGAGAGGGGCCUUCUGUCCGAGGGCCACGCCAGGCUCUUCAUGUACCAGCUUCUCAGAGGCCUUAAGUACAUCCACUCUGCCAACGUGCUGCACCGGGACCUCAAGCCGGCCAACCUGUUUGUCAACACCGAAGACUUGGUACUGAAGAUUGGGGACUUUGGACUGGCCCGCAUCAUGGACCCCCAUUACUCCCACAAGGGUCAUCUAUCUGAAGGUCUGGUCACCAAGUGGUACAGAUCUCCUCGCCUGCUGCUCUCUCCAAACAACUACACCAAAGCCAUCGACAUGUGGGCCGCUGGAUGCAUAUUCGCUGAGAUGCUCACAGGGAAAACCCUCUUUGCAGGAGCCCAUGAACUGGAGCAGAUGCAGCUGAUCCUGGAGUCCAUCCCUGUGCUGCGGGAGGAAGACCGGCAGGAGCUCCACAGUGUCAUCCCCGUCUUCAUCCGCAGCGACAUGUCCAACCCUCACACGCCACUGACCAAGCUGCUGCCUGACGUCAGUCCACAGGCCCUCGAUUUCCUGGAGAAGAUCCUGACCUUUAACCCCAUGGAUCGUCUGACUGCAGAGGAGGCCCUUGCACACCCUUAUAUGGUCGACUACUCCUUCCCCCUGGACGAACCUGUAUCUCUGCACCCGUUCCACAUUGAGGAUGAAGUCGAUGAUAUCCUGCUCAUGGACCAGAGCCACAGCCACACCUGGGACAGGUAUCAUGAGAGCCAGCUGUCAGAGGCGGACUGGCACUUGCACAGCCACCAUGACCCAGAGGAAGUUCAGGUCGACCCCAGGGCACUCUCUGAUGUAACAGACGAAGAGGAGGUCCAGGUUGAUCCUCGUAAAUAUGCUGAUGGAGAUCGGGAGAAGUUCCUGGAUGAGCCGUCCUACGACUACUCCAGUGUGUUCCCGCCAGAGCGAUCCUGGCAGGACGACCACCACGAGAACAAAUACUGUGACUUGCAGUGUAGCCACACCUGUAACUACAAGGCAGUGUCCCCCUCCUACCUGGAUAACCUUAUCUGGAGGGACAGUGAAGUCAACCACUACUAUGAGCCCAAACUCAUCAUCGACCUCUCCAACUGGAAGGAGCAGCAGAGCAAGGAGAAGGCGGACCGUAAGGCUAGGAGCAAGUGCGAGAAGAACGGGUUGGUGAAGGCCCAGAUCGCACUGCAGGAGGCCGAGAAGACCCAGAGUCCGGUGGAGAAGGACAGUGAGCAGGAGAAGCACCAGACGGAUAAACCUCCAAGCCAGCAGAACCAAGGCUUUGACUUUGACUCCUUUAUCGCCAGCACCAUCAAACUGAGCCUGCAGCCCGAGCCCUGUCAGGAGGCGGCCCUGCUCAGUGAAGUGGGUCUCCUGAACGAGCUCAACACUUCCGUCUCUCUGCUGGAGGCCCCCCGCUCAGGCUCCAUGUCCAAGUCCAUAAGUCAGGAGAAGGAGGAGAAGUGCCUGGUAAACCUGGCCCAGUUGGGGGGAGGAGGUUCGGGAGUCGUCGGCGGGGACGGCCCGUGGCCUUCUCAGCCCUGGGAGAGCUUCGGCUCCGGGGAGAGGGUGGAGGAGAACGGCUGUUUGAUCGACGAAGCGUGCUGGGACAUUCGUAAUGAGGACCACUUCCAGAAGGAGAGCACUUACACCAGCUACCUGGACCGCCUGUUCAGCCGGAAGGAAGAGGUGGUCGGAGACACUGUGGCCGGCGCAGAGACGGAGCCCUCGGAAGGGAGAGACCUGGACGAGAGCUUCCUCGGCAGGAGCACAGAGAUCGUGAUUAAUAUGCAGCUGGACUCUCUGGCCCUGCCCGGCUUUGACAGCACCGAUGACUUGCCUCUGAAAUCCAUCCAGGCGUCCCUCACCCCCUGCGCUGUCAAAUGCUCCCCUCAGAUCGCCCACAAAACCUACAGCAGCAUCUUCAAGCAUCUUAAUUAAAGAAAUAUAUCCUUCCUCACAGUGCAAAAACUAGACCGUUUUGUUCUUAUGUUUUUUAAUAAUAUGGUAUAUUAUUGUACUUGAAUCAUUUCAUACCUUUUUUUAAUUAUGGUUACUUUUAAUUAUUUUUAGUUUGUUUUGUUUUUUUUCUUUUUAAGAGUUGAGGGGUGAUUUAUUAUAUUUAAGGAGUUUCUGGUCAUCACUCUGAGCCUUGACCACCAGGCCUUCAUGGGUUAACGUCCACACCCUCAUUGCUAAACUGGCAAGUCACUCGCACACUCAAGUACUGUAGAUGAACAGAGCAGGAGAGAAGUCAAGUAGUUUGAGGAAGGAGGGAGGAGAGGAUUUAAGAAACGAGGUUCGGAUGUAACACAAAGAAGGAUGCUAGACGUUAACAUUGCUGUAGGCUUUUCAAGUGCUUUCAAACAACCUCUCCUGGAAUUGGAUAAGCACGGGGGGGAAAGGUGAAUGAGGUGUCUUUCUUUUUUCUGUUUCACUUUUGACUUUAUACAAUUUCCCCCAAAGAAAAGCUUCCUUAUUAAACCCUUUCAUACUGUAAAUCUGACACAUGAUGCCAGCAGCAACCAUUAUCGUAGGCGUUAAUGUAAAUGUGUUAUCUACCUCAAGGUAACAGCCGCGAGAGACACUCGAAGCCGCACUAGUGCUUUACACACAUGACCAUCCUCAUGCCAUGAAAUGAAGUGGUCGCGUAGAUGAAAUCUGUCUCACUUUAGCAUUUAACAUAGUGAGGUGUUUCAGUAAUCAUUAUUUAUUUCUAGCAGAUGUGCGAUAUUUAUUUUAUCAAAAAAGACGUGUUGUUUCAAUGUGAUUAUUGGAGAUUGAAGAGUUGGACAGACUUCCAUUUUCAUUUCGGCACUAUAUGGGCGUGCAAGUGCUCCUUUUUGUUUUAUGGUAGGAUGCAAAUUCAUCUUUGGUUCCAAAAAGAAGUCGAGGCUUUCUGUUUUCCAUCAAUUUUGUCCCAAUGGAAAUCAUUCUAUCUGUUCAUUAUUUGUUUUAUUUAAAGGUGCGUUCUGUUUUUAGUGGAAAAACUGCUUUAUGGUUUCAAGAAGCGCCUAAAAGUCUUAAUUUUUUUAUCUCAAUGUAAUGUAAAAAAAAUGCGUGCAUGGAAGCAAGAGAAAGGUACAUUAAAAGUAAAGUUAAUGGUGAGUAUAAUGUACAUCAGUUUUAAUUGUACGUUUUUUGUUAAAUUUCUAUGUACUUUUUCCAGGCAAGCAUGAUGAAUUAGGUUAAGGUGUAGCAUGUAGGACACUUAUGGACUUUUUUUUGUAAUCAUUGGUUCCCCUGUUCUACAAAAUAUCUCAAAAUAAAAAUUACUGGCAAAGA